GAGGACGUGAAUUACAUCCGGGGCCACAGGACUGCAGACAGCCUUGUUCACAGACGUAUACACCUUCAGUCUCUCAUUUAAGAAUGUAAGAUAAUAAUUCCGCGAUCAUGAACUGAAUGUGAAUUUUCGGACUGAUAAAUUGUGUGAAGACGAGGAAAACCGCGGAGGCCCGCUGAGAUCUGCGCUCUGAGUGAUCAUGGCUGAUGAUCCUCAGAGAAACUUCCGCUCGGCCUAUUAUGAGAAAGUGGGCUUCAGAGGAGUUGAAGAGAAGAAGUCCCUCGAGAUCCUGCUGAAGGACAGUCCUCUGGAUGUGGAGAAGUUGAGCACCUUCAGUCAGAGGUUUCCUCUGCCCUCCAUGUACCGGAUACACGUCUGGAAAGUCCUGCUGGGUAUCCUGCCGCCCCACACUGAUUCUCACGCCCUGGUGUCUCGCUAUCGUCUCCAGCAGUUUGAGGACGUGAGCAGCGCUCUGACAGCCAUGCGCUUCGUCCACGCAUCCACCCCAGUGACGGAGCUGUACCUGCGCAUGUACCAGCUGGAGAGCCGACAGCUUCCCCGCAGGAGCGAGCUCAGGCCGCCGGACGACGAGGAUGAAAACUUCCUGGCUAUCGGCAGAGCGAUGGAGGAGAUCGUGGAUGACCCGGUCGACUGCUAUUGGCUCAUCAGAUGCUUCAUCAACCAGUUCAAGCUCAAGUUUGGAGACUCCAUCCCUCACCUGCCGAAGAGUUUGGAGCACUUCCUGUCUCAGGAGGAUGCUGCUCUGCUGGCUCAUCUGAAGACGUCUGGAGCGCUGCACUCGCUGCCGUACUGUCUCUGGUUCAGACGCUGCUUUGCUGGCUGUUUACCACAAUCCAGCCUACAGAGGGUUUGGGAUAAAGUCAUCAGCGGCUCCUGUAAGAUCCUGGUGUUUGUUGCCAUGGAGAUUCUGCUCAGCUACAAGAUCAUGCUGAUGGGAAUGAGUGACGCUGGUGGAGUUUACAACUUCCUGUCUAAUAUGCCGCAGGAGAACACCGACGCCAUCGUCACUAAAGCCAUCGAUCUGUGGCACAAACACUGCGGGACGCCCAUGCACUCCGUAUAAUUCAGCAUUUCUGAGACGUAGACAACAGGAACGUCAGCUGUGAGUGUGCUCGCUCUUUUAUUAGGUUGGUUUAGAUGAGAAUCUGCAUCACACAUCAUUCAGGAGUGACAGUACGGUAAACCACACGCCUCCCGCUCUCUUCCUGCGCUCUCUGAGCCAAUAGCAGCAGCGGAAGAGAGAAGCGCCAACGACUGGAAACAGAAACACAUCAAUCAUUCAAAACAUGACGACGUCUCCUCUUCUGUGUG